AUGUCAACUGAGGACAAAACCACCACCGCUGAAGUGUCAAGCAUUUCAAACAAGCUUCAAACCCUGUCGGUCAACGACGGCCAAGACCGGGAAGGUGAAGCUGGAGAACCCGUACGAACCGACGAGGACUAUGCCCAAUCUCCCUUGACUCUUCGAGCUAUCGUUUCCUCCAAGGAAGCUGGUGUCAUUAUCGGCAAAGCAGGAAAAAAUGUCGCUGACCUUAGAGACGAAACUGGUGUCAAGGCAGGCGUCUCGAAGGUUGUUCCCGGUGUUCACGACCGAGUCUUAACUGUCACAGGCAAUCUAGACGGGGUCGCGAAAGCCUAUGCGAUGGUUGCUCAGACUCUUGUUGAUAGCCCACCAGGUGCCAUCCCAACUACUCCAAUGGGAACUCAUCCAGUCCGAUUGCUCAUAUCCCAUAACCAGAUGGGUACAAUCAUCGGUCGCCAAGGAUUGAAAAUCAAACACAUACAGGAUGUUUCCGGCGUUCGGAUGGUUGCUCAGAAGGAAAUGCUACCACAAUCUACCGAGCGUAUCGUCGAGGUUCAGGGAUCAGCCGAUGGCAUCCGACAAGCAAUCUGGGAAAUCGGCAAAUGUCUCGUUGACGACUGGCAGCGGGGCACAGGUACCAUACUUUACAAUCCAGCCGUCCGAUCAAAUACCUCUCACGGCACAGGCUCCAGUCCAUCGGUUAUCUCCAACGGCGGUGCUGGGACCUCCGGGCCAACAGAUAGGUUCACCAACGAACGCCCCAACCGUGGACCAGUACGUACCGGCAAUGGUACCGACUUUUCGGAACCCUCUCCAUCCUUCCCGAGACGAGGCCACUCCGAUUCCACUUCCCGGGCCUCGGCACCUGCCCCAAAUACCGAAAACGGGGAGGAGCUUCAAACCCAAAACAUCAGCAUCCCGGCAGAUAUGGUUGGCUGUAUUAUCGGGCGCGGUGGCAGCAAAAUUUCAGAGAUUCGUAAAAGCUCUGGGGCUAGGAUCAGCAUCGCAAAGGCUCCGCACGACGACACUGGUGAAAGAAUGUUCACCAUUGUCGGAAGCCCACAAAGCAACGAGAAGGCCUUGUACCUCCUCUACGAGAACCUUGAGGCAGAGAAAACGCGUCGAUCGCAAGGCAGCGGCCAGGACUAG